AUGGCGGAGCUACUGGGUCUUCUGGCAGAGGCAUCCCGCCUUCACUCAGGCAUGAAGUGCUGGCUGGUCCAGGAACGAGCCCAUCGAGGCUCAUCUCACGAUGUUUUCAGGAUCGAGUUUUCUGAUUCAACGCAAUGGGCCAUGCGGGUAUGUCGAGGGCCCCAUGACUGGCCAGCAGAGCUUCGCGCGGUAAAGACACUGGAUCAAAUUAAACAUCGCCAUCCGAGAAUCCGUGCUCCCCAGGUCCACGGAACGAAACACCCGGUCUGGUUCAUGGAAUGGAUUGAGGGCUCGCCAAUGGAGAGCUGGAGUCGAGAGCUCUCCCAGAGAGCCCGGCAGGGAUUCCUCGACGACAUGGCAGACUUUCUUCUGCAGCUCUGGUCGACACCCGCUCCUGUACCUACAUACCCCACGCCAGUUACACCAUACUCGGCAUGGCUGACGGACAGCAUCGACCGAGGACUUCGGCGGACUUUGUCUGGAGAUGCACGAUGGGGCGAUGCCAUGGAUUAUCUCAUCAUGAGAUCGAUGGUAGCUUACUACUCCAUCGCGGUGGACGAAUACACUCAGAUCGGAAUUGCCCAUGGGGAUUUGAGUACCCACAACAUCAUGGUGGACAGCAGCCUUCGCGUGACUGGUGUGAUUGACUGGGAUUGGCUUUACCUUGCGCCAUUGCCGGCCGUGAUUCAUCAUCCGUGGUUCAUUGCCGAUGUGCCGGGGUGGAAAAAGGACUGGAAUCAUGAUGGGCAGACAUUUGAAUGGGACCGUGAAUAUCUGGAGCUCGCUGAAAAGCAGCUUCAAAUUGUCCUUUCGAAACAUCCCAGAUAUGCAGACUUGACAGGUGUGCAGCGGAUCCGCCAGAUGUUGAAGGAAGGGUGA